CGUUCCGACACACCGUUAUGUACGGUGGUACAGUGUGCGCUCUCGAAGUUACCAGGUGCUUUUUACCUGAAAUUCGCGGCCGCCGUAGUCGAAACGCAUACCAAUCGGUGCCUAAGGUGGUGUAUAAAGAACAAACAGUGAAAGUUUGGUGCAAAUCGGUGAAGAAACGUGUGAAAAAAGUGAUUUUUUGUGUGGGACACGUGCUCCGAACGAAAUAAACAAACAGCCAUCGUUUGGCUGCCUGGCUAUUUUCAUUCAGCCUUCGGUGGUGUGGUGUGCGGUACGCCUAAAAGAAGAUUUCCAGAGAUAAUUAAAAGUGCCGAAAAGUUUUGGAAUUUCGAUUAAAAAUCGAUUUUUAGAAAGUGUCCGAACAUCAUUACGGAGGUACUACAGUGCCUUCCAAAAGUGUGUGAACACAGUGGGGCUCAAAAUUUCACGUACGCUUGCAAAAAACAUUCGUCGAAGGGACAAAGAAGAAUUCCGACGAUAAAAGGAUAUGUCGGCCGCUAGUAGCGGCGACCCUGGAGGGUCAGUGAAACGCAGGCUACCGAUAUUUAUGGAUCCGACGAAUAAGUUCGGUGAAUUGACUUUUUUACAGUUAACUGGAAAAGACGAGACCCCGCUUCCUAAAAACCCGUUCAUUAUUGGAAAAUCUGUAGAGGCGUGUGCUGGUCCGAUCGAAAACGCCAAAACUGAGGCGCAAGGAACCAAAUACACUCUGAGUGUCCGUGACCCGGCCCAAGUUGCCAAGCUACUACAGUUGACAAAUUUAAUUGACGGAACCGAAGUGGAAGUUGCCCCGCACCCGAACUUGAACGUCAGUCGCUGUGUCGUCUCGUGCUACGAUUUGAUCCACAUGGAGGAGAAGGACAUCCUUGUAGAACUGGUUAAAGAAAAAGUAACCCGUGUCCAACGAAUCACAAGGAACGAAAACGGCAAGAGAGUGAAUACGGCCGCCCUGAUCCUCACGUUCGGUAAGACGACUUACCCGGAUUAUAUAAAAUUUGGCCUUUUGCGUGUCCCAACGCGUCCAUACUUCCCCAACCCGAUGUUAUGUUAUGGGUGUUUUAGCUACGGGCAUACUCGUGCCCGAUGUCCUGGACCUCAACGCUGUUACAACUGUUCUGGUAAUUUCCACGGAGAAGAAGAGUGCGGUGAGGCUCAAUUCUGCCGGAAUUGCAAUGGUAACCAUUGA